AUGGAGAAGUGCAGAGUGGGUCCAGCUAAAAGAAGAGCAGCUGAACGCGUCGCUCAAGAUCCAGAUGAUGGCGAAAAUUGGCAGCAGGUCGUUUGGUACGAUUCUGGAGUUGGAAUCACAUCCACGGGUCUAGGACCUGGACUUGAGGGAGCCAUUGGUCAGGGAUUGGAAGGGAAUGUUAUUGAGGCGUACAGUUUCUGUGUACUGAAUUGGAAUCCGGGAGAUAAGAUAAUGUGUUUUGGAUUCUCUCGGGGUGCAUACACGGCGAGGACGAUUGCGGGUUUGAUUUCGGAUAUUGGGAUUUGUUCGAAGAGGCAACUUCAGCAAUUUCCUGAUUUGUGGAAGUUUGCUCUGUACUAUGAUCGGCGAGAAGGGAGAGUUGCUGACCCGCAACCAAAUCCGGGGGAUCGACCUGAUGGGGGUUUAGUUUGGGAUAUAAAGGCUCAUGGUGAAUGGGCUCCCGAAGAAUCAAUGGAAGUAGAGGUGGUGGGAGUCUUUGAUACCGUCGGAGCUUUAGGGUUGCCAGAAGUCUUUGGGAUGGAAUUGCCCAAAUGGACGACUGUUGGUGAUAAGCCUGAAUGGCACAAUGUUGAACUUUCAGCCAACAUCAAGCAUGCAUUUCAAGCGCUGGCCCUUGAUGAGCACCGUCAAGCAUUCACACCUACUCUUUGCUACAUCAAAAAGCCAGAGGAUUUUACAGACGCUGAAAUAGAGGCGCAACGGACUAUUUCUGAUAAUGCACAUGCAGAGUGGUAUGAUAUGUGUUUUACUCCCCACCCUAGUUCCGAAAAAAUGAGAGAUCUGGCCAAAAUCCGAGAUGAAGCUACCGAAAAGGUCGUUAAGAUGGAAGAAAACAAUAAGAUGAAGAAAGCACUAGGCACUGGUGAGAAGGUACUGGAACAAGUCUGGUUUCCUGGUUACCACAUACACAUUGGUGGUGGAUCAAGUGAUACGCUAUUGAACAAGGACAAUAUGGAAGAAAUGUCCAACAUUACGUUAGCAUGGAUGCUAGACCAGAUUGAAAAAUAUGUGUCGAUUGACCGGGAAGUCAUAAAGGAAGACGGUUAUGAUCGCCAGGGAAAAUUCGCGCAACUGAACAACGAGCGCCAAGUCCACCUAGACAGAGAAAAGGAGCGCGAGAAGGAGGGUUGGGGUCAGUGGAUGUGGCGAAAUGGCAAAUGGGCAGCUUCCAAGAACAUUCACUAUGAGAACCGACGACACGCGUGGGGCCUUGGAGAUCUGAAUGAUAGUUUCACCACCAUGUAUAAAGCCAACGGAUCGAAGCCACGCACACCAGGUCGCUAUGCUCUUGAUAAGAAAGGCAAUAAACUGGGCGAAACACAUGAAUAUAUUCACCCAACUACGGGAUUCAGAGUUCAACAGCUGAAUAAGAAAGCAGAAGAAGCGAGGAUACAGAAAGAUCACAGGAAUCACAAGAACUGGGAAGAUUUGAAAUACAGACCUAUCGGCCUUAAAGGCGACGAGUACAAACGCCAGGAGAAAGUCGAUAAGCAAGGAAAAGUGACAGCAUAUGAGUAUGUUUUCAAGUACAAAGAUUGUACAGAGACGUUACCAGAAUGGCGGUUGGGUGAUGCGGAUUGCUAUGAGAGGCUAGCUAUUGAAGGGUCCGCUGCAUAUGACUAUGUCGAUGAGCUUGAUCGAACUUUGGAAAGUGGUAUUAAGACCGUUUGUCUUGAUUUCUAG